AUGGAGGUGGACGAGCGCGUCCACACCUUAACUGAGAGCUUUGAGCCCUUUGCGCCCGAAGCUCGCCCAGGCGAUCGGUUACUGGACCGCUAUGUGGACCAUCUCCACUUUGACGAGCGCGAUCCUACCCAGGAUAGGUGCCCAUAUCUUGACGAGCUCAUCGCGAAAGCGAGAGCCGACCCUUUAACAGUGCUGGCUGCAACUGAUGGCUCUGUCCCUCAGUCCAACCAGUAUCAGGCGGCUUUGGCUGCCAUCAUCUACAAGGGACAUUGCGAGCUCAAAAGGACUUGCUAUGUCUCUGGCAGAGUUACCACCCCAGAUGUGGAACUCAAUGCCAUUUCGAGUGCAGUGCGCCUUGCUGUCAAGCAGGCAAACUGCCAGCAUAUUAUGGCCUUCAGUCUGUCAGUUUGUCGCGUCCUCCAAGAGUGGUUUGAGGCGGAUGAUUUCCACCGCAUCACCUUCGUCUACGUUCCGUCCGCGCUGUGGUGGGAUAUCCAUGGUGAGGCACACAAGUACGUCACUGAGCUUAAGGUCAGGGUUGGACUUCAGAAGACGGAUAAUUCUAUAGACACGCUUCGCUCUCGAGCUGCGCACUCAGUCCUGGAUUUGUGGAAUUCCACUUUCCAGGAUCCAACUUAUCGAGGCUCUGAAUUUUUAGAGCUUCAACAGCCUGACAGGCGGCCGCUACAGCCAUCCGGUGCUCGAUGGCAGCCCGCUCGCUAUCUACAAGCACAUACACUACGCGGCCUGGGUACUAAGUAA